CGCGGGUGAAGUGCGUGCGAGGACGGUUGCGCAGCAAAGUGUGUGUGAGAGAGAGGGAGAGAGAGAGACAGGGAGACAGAGCGAGAGAAAGAGAGAGAGAGAGAGAGAGGAGGUGAUACGGAGAGAAACAUAGAGGGAAAGAGAGAUAGAGCGAGUGAAAAGGGGUGCAGAGGGAGAAAAGGGAAGAUACAUAUACAUCUUCGCGUCAUACCCGCACCAGGAGGGAGAACUUCAAAGUAUAAAGAGGAAGAGAGAAAAAUAACUAUAAGAGUGUAUCGGGUAGCGUCAGAAACGUGUGACGCUGUUUAGUUUCUUUUCCUCAAUUCCGUAUAUACGUUUAAAUGAAAACAAAAUUCUUAAAUAAAAUAGAAUAAAAUUGUAAUAAUCAUUGGUGUUCGCGGCAUGUUUUUCAAAGUGCAGAAUAGAGAGAAAAAUAAAUAAAUCGAAAGGAGAUAAGAUAAAAUAAACAAAUAAAAAACCGAUAAAAUUAGCCGCGGUGGUUUAUAAAGUGAGGGGACCACGAUGUCCCCCAUAAUCGGGGAGACUCUGCGCGUCUGGCUUCUAUCGGCACUGGUUGUUCACGUCGCUGUUGCCGGUAAUCCAGACGCAAAACGUCUUUACGACGAUUUAUUAUCGAACUAUAACAAACUUGUAAGACCCGUAGUCAACACGUCUGACGUUCUCCGGGUAUGCAUCAAGCUCAAGCUCUCUCAGUUGAUCGACGUGAAUCUGAAGAAUCAAAUCAUGACGACGAAUCUAUGGGUGGAACAGUCGUGGUACGACUACAAGCUCAGAUGGGAACCGAAGGAGUACGGAGGUGUUCACAUGCUCCACGUACCUUCGGACCACAUAUGGCGGCCUGAUAUAGUUCUCUAUAAUAACGCGGACGGUAACUUCGAGGUGACGCUAGCCACGAAGGCGACCAUCUAUCACCAGGGACUGGUUGAGUGGAAGCCGCCUGCCAUAUAUAAGUCCUCCUGUGAAAUUGACGUCGAGUAUUUCCCCUUCGAUGAGCAGACCUGCGUACUCAAGUUCGGUUCGUGGACCUAUGACGGCUUCAAGGUGGACCUGAGGCACAUGGAUGAAAAAUCCGGAAGCAACGUGGUAGAAGUUGGCGUCGACUUAUCGGAAUUCUACAUGUCCGUUGAAUGGGACAUACUCGAAGUGCCGGCAGUCAGAAACGAGAAGUUUUAUACGUGCUGCGACGAGCCCUAUCUGGAUAUUACGUUCAACAUAACAAUGCGACGAAAAACGUUGUUUUAUACAGUAAACAUAAUCAUCCCCUGUAUGGGGAUAUCCUUCCUCACCGUCCUCACGUUUUAUCUACCAAGCGACAGUGGGGAGAAGGUCACUUUGUCGAUUUCCAUCCUCAUCAGUCUCCACGUUUUCUUUCUACUAGUCGUAGAAAUCAUACCGCCCACUUCGCUCGUCGUGCCGUUGCUCGGAAAGUAUCUCAUCUUCGCGAUGAUUCUGGUCUCCAUAAGCAUUUGCGUAACCGUGGUCGUUCUAAACGUUCACUUCCGGUCACCCCAGACUCACAGGAUGGCGCCGUGGGUGAAAAGAGUAUUCAUUCACAUUCUUCCGCGGCUAUUGGUGAUGAGAAGACCGCAGUACAAAUUCGAAACGAAUCGAUACUCUUCCGGUCGUGUCUUGAUGCGGACGGUAAGAGGUAAAGAAAAACCUUGCUAUUAUCCGUAUCAUCCGACAGCCCAAGAUGACAGUGAAGACCACAUCGGGCCCAAAAGAUUCCACAGUCGCGUUUCCUCGAAAGAGGAUCUAUCCCCGUCCAGCCUCGCUGACGGCGUCCGCUUUGGUGGUAGCUGUCAGAUUCAUGGUCCGACUCUUCCACCGCUUCCUUUACCUCUCCACUCUGAGACGGAAGAGUUGACGGUAUCCGGGGACGGAGUAAUAGAGGAAAUGAAAAGUCCAGUUCUUCGAAAUCCACCGGCAUUUUCCCAUUCGAAUUGUCCACCGGAGUUACACAGAUCUUGUAUCUGCGUAAGGUUCAUUGCCGAGCACACGAAAAUGCUCGAAGAUUCCACAAAAGUGAAAGAAGAUUGGAAGUACGUAGCGAUGGUUCUCGACAGGUUGUUUCUUUGGAUAUUUACACUCGCUGUCCUCGUCGGAACGGCCGGUAUAAUUCUCCAAGCGCCAACUUUAUACGACGAUCGUGUACCGAUCGACAAGAAAUUUAGCGAAUUCGCAACCACGACGGUCGUACGUUGUCCACCUCAACAGUCCACGCCCGAGCCCUGCACCGUAGCCAAAAAUUAACCCCCCCCACCACCACCACCACCACCACCCCGGUCGAGAGAAGAUAAUAAUACCCUCUCCGCACCCACCCCCCAAAAACCCAACAAAAUUACGGUAAAAGGGCUCAGCUGAAGAAGAAGAUGAAGAAGAAGAAGAAAAAAAUUGAAUAAAAAUUUCAAACAAAGAAGAAGAAUAAAAAUUUGAAAAAUCCAAACGUGCCUGCAGGCGGAUUGAACGUAUCUCGUCGUUACCCACAGGUCGAUCUUCUAUACCUAUAAUAAUCAAUUUUGUUUUCCUUAUAAUUUGGAAAAAAAUAUCCUCGUUUAACGGAAUAAUACAGGAGAUAUUGAAAAUGUUGGUAUGCUGCGUAGAAAUCAAAUAUCUUUCAUCCGACUUUACCUAUACAAUCAUGGCAAUCGCAUCGUUGUACUCUACGUCGCCGGUAAUAAGUAAUUUAAAAAGCGUAUUUGGACAAAAUUGAAUAAAAAAAAAAAAGAAAGAAAAUAUUCAAGAUACGAAAAAGAGACUAAAUAAUUGGAUCGAUUGUAAAAACAUGACGGAGGAGGAGGUUACGUAGGACGGUUCCAUUAGCGGUUUUGCUGAUAUUAUCUUCGCAGAUUAUCAUCCGGUGGAUAAAUUAUAAAUGGCCGCCAAGACCGUCAUUCUCUUGGUUCCGCGCCGUGUUUUCACGAGAUAUCGUGGUAUCUACCGACCCAAAUUUAACGAGAGGAUAAUGGAAAAGUCGGCGGAAAAGUAAAGAGGAUUGGAAGGUCUUGAUUUCACUAACGUGCCACGAGUAUUUGAUUUCUCGAUAUUAUAAUUCGGAAAAUGAGAUGAAGAAGUGAAAAUAUGAAUGUCGGAACAUGAUAUACCUAUAUAUACAACCAAAGAAAAUUAAAACGAAAAAAAAAAAACAAACUCUGAUUAAACUAUUAGAAUAAACAUGACAGGGCUCAUAGAUUAUCUUGAGGUAUUGAUACCCCGCGGAUCUUUUUUUUUUUUUCUCAUUUUCCUUUUGCGUCUCAACAGAUCACACCGCGGAUGCGUAAUAAUAUCUUGUUAUAACGUGUAUAGUCUGUGCUCAAAUUUUCGUAACAAGGCUGCCAUUAUAGUUAAUUCGUUGUAAUAAAAUGAAAAAAUAGAAAAACUAAUGAUUAAAAAAGGAAGAAAAAUAAUAAAUAUAUAACGAUACUAUGAAUUGAUAUAUACCUAUAUAUCUAACGCAAAAAUAAAGUAUAACCAAUGUUGUAACAUAGGUAAAAAGUUUCCCGAUAAAAUAUAUGUAGUAAAAACAAAAAAAAAUUACGAAAAGAAGAAAAGAAAACGAAGAAAAACAAAAAAAAAAAAAAAACAAA